AAAUGGUUUAGCUCAGUAGAUUAUGUGGAGAUAUCAGUAUGAAAUUGUUCAUAGCACUAGUGGUCUCAUUUGCAGCAGUGAGUGCUCUCCCCAUCGAGGAGCCCGUCAACGGCGAAAAUGGAUGGUUUGUGCCCCAAGAAGAUGGUAGCUUUGAGUGGAUGAACAUAGAAGACGCUGAGAAGCUCUUAGAGAGAAGUGAGCUCACUGAAAGUCGUUCCAAUAACGUCUCCUUCUACCUGUACACCAAACAUAACCCAACCGAAGGCAAAGAGAUUAUGGCCGAUGCGUCCUCAAUUGAAGACUCUCAUUUCGAUAAGAACCACGGCACUCGUUUUGUGAUCCAUGGAUGGAAAGGACGUUACACCGAUACCAAUAAUGUCAAUAUCACAAAGGCCUGGCUUUCAAAGGGGAACUAUAACGUGAUCGUUGUUAACUGGGAUCGCGCCCAGUCGUGGGACUAUAUACCUUCAGUGCUAGCUGUUCCUGGAGCUGGAACCAAAGUGGGACAGAUGAUAGAAUACCUUCACCAACAUCACGACAUGUCUCUGGAGAGUCUGCAGGUUAUUGGACACAGUUUGGGUGCCCAUGUUGCUGGAUAUGCCGGAAAGCAUGUCGGGGACAAAAGGAUCCACACAAUAGUUGGUCUAGAUCCCGCCAUGCCUCUAUUUUGCUACGAUAAGCCCGACAAGCGUCUGUCCACCGAGGAUGCCUUCUAUGUGGAGUCCAUCCAGACCAAUGGGGGAUUAAAAGGCUUCCUUAAGCCCAUUGGCAAGGGCACCUUCUACCCGAAUGGAGGGAGGAAACAACCAGGAUGUGGUAUUGACAUUUUAGGAUCCUGCUCCCACCAGCGAUCCGUGAGCUACUAUGUGGAGGCUGUUACCGAGGAUAACUUCGGUACCAUCAAGUGCAACGAUUACCAGGAUGCGUUGGCCAAUGAGUGCGGAAGAACCUAUAGUGGCGUUCGAAUGGGAGCAGUUACCAAUGCCUACAUGGUCGAUGGCGACUACUAUGUACCAGUUAACAGUCAGACUCCCUUCGGCAAUAUCAAGUAG